AGAGCUCUAUCAGCACACAUCCUCUCCUGGCCCGAGCUACCCAUCGACGUGCACCCGGUACAUAAGCACCAAACCUACUGAGCAGAGGGAUCCAAGAAGUUAGAAGUGAGGUGAUCAACGGAUCGGUCAUCGUCGAUCCCUUUCGAGCCUCUCGACCUCUCCUGCUCGUUCCGCGUCGCCUUCCCUUCCCCAUCGUGUCGCGACACACACAGCAGCCGCUUCCGGCUAACCGGAAGUGACGCUCUAUGCGAACGGGUGACCACCGUCUUUCGUCGAGAUAUCAACACCACGCAAACGUAGGCCAGCACACCAGACAGGCAUCAUGGAAGUCGCCACUGAACUGUCGCCGUUAUCAGGAUCGGAUCCACAAUGCAAAAUUGCCGAGAGAACGUCGUAUUACCCUCAGGAACCGAACAAGAGGCCGAAGACCAGGCAAGAGAAGAUUCGAGCAUGCCUCAGGCACAAUUCUCUGACGAUCUUGACCGUCGGCGGUGUGGUAGGCGGUGUGAUCCUUGGUAUUAUCCUACGGAACACGCGGACGCAAGGAUGGACGCCCCGAGAGAUUAUGUACAUCAAUUACAUCGGGGACCUGUUUCUGAGGAUGCUGAAGAGCUUGAUCUUGCCGUUGAUUAUAUCCAGCUUGGUCUCGGCAAUUGGCUCCCUCGAUUUGUCUCUGAGCGGCAAGAUUGGCGCGCGAGCCAUCGUGUACUACAUGGUGACCACAGUUAGCGCUGUUAUAUUAGGUAUCAUUUUGGUGAUCACAAUUCAGCCAGGUGUUGGAAAUAACCCAGAUAUAAAAACGAAAGAACAGUCGCAAAAUGUAUCAACCAUAGAUACAUUAAUGGAUCUGGUUCGAAACAUGUUCCCACCAAACUUAGUGGAGGCCAUUUUUACCCAAGAAAAUAUCCAUUAUCUUUAUCUGUAUUCUAUAUCGUCAUUGUACUUUUCAUUUAAGGACAAUAUGGAUUCAUGGGAGCCAGUACAAAAGAGUGUCUCAGGGACCAACAUCAUGGGCUUAGUGGUUUUUGCUACAGCAUUAGGUAUCACCCUUGGAAAGAUGGAGGAGCAAGGUAAACCUCUACUAUAUUUCUUCGAGUCCCUAUCUGGUGCCAUGAUGCAGAUUACUCACUGGGUGAUUUGGUUAUCACCGGUGGGUGUGCUUUUCCUGGUAGCCGCGAAGAUCACCGAGAUGCAGUCCUUGGACGAAGUGGUCGCUCAAUUAGGAAUGUAUUUUUUGACCGUUCUUUUUGGCCUCUUCAUACACGGUUUCCUAGUUCUACCAGUGCUAUACUUUGCAAUAACAAAGAAGAAUCCGUACGUGUACAUAUCCAACAUGGCCCAGGCGUUGGUCACUGCGUUUGGCACAUCCUCGAGCUCAGCCACACUUCCGAUCGCUAUAAAUUGCUUGGAAGAGGGUAACGGCGUAGACUCACGAAUCACUAGAUUCAUCCUACCAAUCGGUGCUACGAUCAACAUGGAUGGUACUGCAUUAUACGAGGCCGUGGCUGCGAUUUUCAUCGCGCAAGUGCGUCAAGUUAGCCUCAGCUUUGGACAGCUGGUAGCAGUCAGUAUCACAGCGACUGCAGCGAGCAUUGGAGCAGCUGGAAUUCCUCAGGCUGGCCUGGUGACGAUGGUGAUGGUGUUGGACACUGUUAGACUCCCAGCUGAUGACGUUUUCCUUGUUAUCGCAGUUGAUUGGUUACUGGAUCGCUGUAGAACAACGGUGAACGUCGUAGGCGAUUCCCUCGGGGCGGGAAUUGUCAAUUAUUUGAGCAGAAACGAGCUGACUUCGUUGCCGCACAAUGCACAACCUCAGAACGGGGCAGAUCAUCAUACCACGACGUCUAUAUGAGAUUGAGAUUGAUAUUAAUCGGCAGAAAAAAGAGCGCUCGCUUUCUUCUUCAACACUUUUGCUCGUUAAAUUAUCGCACAUUCUCACCGAACUUUAAAUUUGUCAAAGACGAGAUUCAGGAAGGAUAACGAUAAUCCUCUGAAGGCAGCGAUAAAACACACGGUAUAGCUACUAUUCCGUUCUGUCUGUAGCAUUCAGUCUUCCAUUAUUCGAGAAGGGACCUCUGAUGGUCCUGGUACGAUGUUGUUAGAAGAAUUAGAGCAACGUUUUUUAUAUUGACAUUGCACACCAGUUUCGUUCGAUUGAAGUACAAAAGUAAUCAAAUGGCCUGAUCAUGUUUUAAUGGUCAUUUUCAGUUGAUUGUAUAAUAAGUUGGUUAACGAAGGAUCUAGAUCUGAGUUUUCAAGUUUGAACGUGAGAAGACGCUGGAGAAAGGUUUGUCAGCAAAAUUGAUCGGUCGUGUGCCAUAUACUUUAGCGUACAAAAUGCGAUCAUAGUUUGAAAAUGUUCGAUUAAACAAUUUUUUGGACCUUUUUUUUCUUUGGAAAUAAUAUUCUCUUCAAAUUAAGCCAUUUUUUAUUCAAAAGAACAUUAUUCAAUGUUAUA